ACAAAUUCAACUCUUUUGUCCAAAAUCAAUCUGACAUCAUCAUCACCAUCUUCAUCUUCAUCUUCAUCAUUCUUUCCAUGGUCACAUUCAAAUCCCACACAAAAAUCCCAAUGAAAUUCCCGUAAGAUAAACUUCAAUCGCCAGAAAAUUGAGGAAACAGAUAAAGGAAGAAAACGAGAAACCUAAGAAAAUCGUAGAUAGUAAUUCAAAGCAGCUGGAUGCAGAAUAUAAUACAAUCUUUCUGCUUCAAUUGGCUGAAAUCCUCAUAUUCCCCGCCCACAUGGGCCGCUGCUAUAGGCGGCGUAUUUGUCAUCGUCACGCUUAUUCUCUCCAUUUACCUACUGUUCGAACACCUCUCCGCUUACAAACAUCCGGAGGAGCAAAAGUUUUUGAUCGGAGUCAUAUUGAUGGUGCCCUGCUAUGCUGUUGAAUCUUUUGUGUCAUUGUUGAAUCCAUCAAUCAGUGUUGAUGUUGAGAUCCUUCGUGAUGGCUAUGAGUCCUUUGCAAUGUAUUGCUUUGGGAGAUAUCUCGUUGCCUGUUUAGGUGGGGAGGACUGUUUGCCUCAUAAUUCUUGUAGGUAUCCCUAUAUGGCCGUGGUUUUAAAUUUCAGUCAAUCGUGGGCUUUGUAUUGCUUAGUGCAAUUUUACAGCAUCACAAAGGUUGAAUUAGCACACAUUAAGCCAUUAGCCAAGUUUCUGACAUUUAAGUCAAUUGUGUUCUUGACUUGGUGGCAAGGUAUCUUUAUUGCCCUUUUCUAUGAUCUUGGCCUGCUAAGAAGCCCUAUAGCUCAAGCUUUGCAGUUCCAGUCAAGUGUUCAAGAUUUUAUAAUAUGCAUUGAGAUGGGCAUCGCUUCUGUGGUUCAUCUGUAUGUGUUCCCUGCAAAGCCGUAUGAGCUGAUGGAAGACUAUUUCCCUGGAAGUGUUUCAGUUCUUGGAGACUAUAUUGGUGAAUAUCCAGUUGAUCCUGAAGAGGUUAGAGACAGUGAGCGUCCUACAAAAUUGCGCCUUCCCCAACCUGAAGUUAAUGUUAGGAGUGGAAUGACCAUCAAAGAAAGCGUUAAGGACGUUUUUGUUGGUGCUGGUGAAUUUAUUGUGAAUGAUGUGAAGUUUACUGUGACACAAGCUGUAGAGCCCAUGGAGAAGGGAAUUUCACAUAUAAAUAAGAAACUGCAUAAGAUCUCUCAGAACAUGAAGAAGCAUGAAAAAGAGAGGAGGACUAAGGACGACAGCUGUAUUGAUCCUCCAUCUCGUAGAGUAAUUCGUGGAAUAGAUGAUCCCCUCUUAAAUGGUAGUAUCAGUGAUACUGGGAGUGUUCGGAAGAAGAAGCACCGUCGAAAAUCUGGAUACACCAGUGCAGAAAGCGGUGGUGAGAGUAGCAGUGAUCAUAGUUUUGGUGAUUAUCAGAUCCGAGGCAGGAGGUGGGUUACCAGAGACUAGGUGCUAUGAAGUAAUGUUGCACAUGAACAGACAAUUGUGUACAGGAGAUCCCUCGGCGUGAUCUUUUUUUCUUCAACACGAGGACUGCUCUCUUCAAAGCAUGUUUCUGCUGCAAUGAAGUUCAAAGUUUUCAUUUUGGAAUUACGUCAAUGCUUGGGUUUUACUCAUAUCAUCCGAUUGAAGUGGCAUCCUGAAAGGGUUUGUGGAGACACUUUGCCGUAUGCAUUACAUCAAACUUAAUAGGCAAAAAGAUUGUACCAUAGAGCUCUCUCUAUAUUGGUCGCGAAGUUCCCAAACCGUAUUAGGAUGAAUUUCCUCAACCAGUUUUUCGAACACUUCUCUUUAAAUGUCAAUCGAUGUCUUCAUUAGGUUGUUGUACCACAGACUCGUUUAAUUAUGAUCAGUUGCUGAGUUUCUCAUGGGCAGGGAUGGAUCAAGACAAUCUAAAGCUGUGUGCGCAACUUUCCAUCUCAUGAUUCUUUUCCAUAGUUGCAGUUCUGACAAGAGGAUUCUCCUUCACGACUUCAAAUAUUGCAUCUUCUCAGGGCUGAGGAUGAAUGGUGCAGUCCAAGGAUGCAGGCAAGAUUUGUAAUUUUUCACUUCUAGUUGGUUGUGAUCGAUCUGGAUUUCAAAAAAGGCAUAGCUUCUUUCGUUACUACUGCUAAAUAAAUGUCAUGUGGGACGACCCUCCUUGUGUAAGAUGAUUUUAUCACCUCUCAAAAGGGCUAUCACUUUUCCUAUCGAGCAUGUUCUCAUUUUAUGUAAUGUCAAAUAGGUACCUAAAAGGUUAUGUUUGGUGAGUCAAGUCUUUCUGUAUUUUUAAACAUAAUAAUCAAGUAGCACAUCAUCAUGAUUUUUCCUUUUUUAAGUUAACCUUGCUCGCGCAGCAUUGUUAAUGAGAA